AUGACUUGUAAAAUAAGAUUCAAGUGGAACAAGCUGACAGGGAAUCAGUCGGGACACGCAAAGGGACAGACGGGGGGAAUCAGUCGGGGCACGCAGAGGGACGGACGGGGAAUCAGGCGGGACAUGCAGAGGGACAGACGGGGGAAUCAGUCGUGGCACGCAGAAGGACGGACGGGGAGGGGAAUCAGUCAGGGCACGCAGAGGGACGGACGGGAGGAAUCAGGCAGGACACGCAGAAGGACGGGCGGGGGGGAAUCAGGCGGGACAGACGGGGAAUCAGGCGGGACACGCAGAGGGAGGGACGAGGGGAAUCAGGCGAGACACGCAGAGGGACGGACGGGGGGGAAUCAGGCGGGACACGCAGAGGGACAGACGGGGGGAAUCAGGCGGGACACGCAGAGGGACAGACGGGGGGAAUCAGGCGGGACACGCAGAGGGACAGACGGGGGAAUCAGGCAGGACAGACGGGGGGAAUCAGGCGGGACAUGCAGAGGGACAGACGGGGGGAAUCAGUCAGGGGCACGCAGAAGGACGGACGGGGAGGGAAUCAGUCAGGGGCACGCAGAGGGACGGACGGAGGAAUCAGGCAGGACAGACGGGGGAAUCAGGCGGGACACGCAGAGGGGAGGGACGAGGGGAAUCAGGCGGGACAGACGGGGGGGAAUCAGGCGGGACACGCAGAGGGACGGACGAGGGGAAUCAGGCGAGACACGCAGAGGGACGGACAGGGGAAUCAGGCGGGACACGCAGAGGGACAUACGGGGGGGAAUCAGGCGGGACACGCAGAGGGACAGACGGGGGGAAUCAGGCCGGACACGCAGAGGGACAGACGGGGGGAAUCAGGCGGGACACGCAGAGGGACGGACGAGAGGAAUCAGGCGGGACACGCAGAGGGACAGACGAGAGGAAUCAGGCGGGACAGAGGGUGGAAAUCAGGCGGGACAUGCAGAUGGACAGACGAGGGGGAAUCAGUCGGGGCACGCAGAAGGACGGACGGGGAGGGGAAUCAGUCGGGGCACGCAGAGGGACGGACGGGAGGAAUCAGGCAGGACACGCAGAGGGACGGACGGGGAAUCAGGCAGGACAGACGGGGAAUCAGGCGGGACACGCAGAGGGAGGGGCGAGGGGAAUCAGGCGAGACAGACGGGGGGAAUCAGGCGGGACACGCAGAGGGACGGACGGGGGGAAUCAGGCGGGACACGCAGAGGGACGGACGGGGGGGAAUCAGGCGGGACACGCAGAGGGACAGACGGGGGGAAUCAGGCGGGACACGCAGAGGGACAGACGGGGGGAAUCAGGCGGGACACGCAGAGGGACGGACGAGAGGAAUCAGGCGGGAUACGCAGAGGGACGGACGAGAGGAAUCAGGCGGGACACGCAGAGGGACAGACGAGAGGAAUCAGGCGGGACAGACGAGGGGAAACAGGCGGGACAUGCAGAGGGACAGACGAGGGGGGAAUCAGUCAGGGCACGCAGAAGGACGGACGGGAAUCAGUCGGGGCACGCAGAGGGACGGACGGGGGAAUCAGGCGGGACACGCAGAGGGACGGACGGGGGGAAUCAGGCGGGACACGCAGAGGGACGGACGGGGGAAUCAGGCGGGACACGCAGAGGGACGGACGGUGGGGAAUCAGGCGGGACACGCAGAGGGACGGACGGGGCGGGGGGAAUCCCGAGCAGAAAAGUGAAGUUCCUGCAAAUCCUUUUUGUCAAAUGUCGUCCCCCCCACCAUUGCGCCGAGCUGUUGAAAGACAUUGGGCAAAUCUCAGCUGUCCUGACCGAGCGAAAGACGCGUGUUAG